AUGAGUUCAGCUAUUGAAGAGGAAAAGGAAAUUUUAGAGUCCAUUUAUCCGGAUGAAUUUCAAUGUUUGGAUGAAAGGACAUUCCAGAUUACUCAAACAAUAGAUUCGGAAGAAUCUAAAUGCUCAGAUCCUCCUUCUGUCAUUUUGAUCGCGACAUUGAGCGAUGAAUAUCCCAAUGAAAUCCCUGAAAUAAAAAUUCGCAUUAGUCCACCUCAUCGUUGGCUUGGCGAAGAGCAAAUGAAGUAUCUCCAAGAGGUCGUUCAUCAAAACGCGGAAGAAUGCUUGGGCAUGGCCAUGGUGUUUUCGCUUUGCUCCAUACUAAAAGAAGAAGUAAAUACCGUUCUUUAUCAACAAUGCGAGAAGGAAGAAAAAGAGCUUGAAGAUCGCCAGAAUCGUGAGAUUGAAUUAGAAAAUGAAAAAUUCCAAGGUACCCCGGUAACCGCUGAAUCGUUUAUGAAGUGGAAGAAGGAAUUUGAUAUUUGGAGAGAGGAAGAAAUUCGAAGAGAGAAUGAAGAAAGGCUUCGCAAUGCAUUAAAUUCCACGUCUAAUAACAAUGUAAGAAAAGCAAUUCUUGAGAAGAAACUGACCGGUCGUCAACUUUUUGAAAGAAACAUGGUCAAGGUGGAUGACUCUGAAGAUUACGAUUAG